AUGUCAAAAUAUUUGAACCUUGCCCUGUUCUCACUUUGCCUCCCGAGUAUCGGGUCCGCGGCCCCGCAGCAUCAGGAACCUUGCGCUUUGCUGGGUGACCUCAUUGAAAAGGCCGCCAAGGAGAACCAACCGUCUUCAAAAAUUUCCGGCAAUGUGGCCUACGACUGCCUUCAGUCGAUCCCGUUCAAAUCCGACCCCGCCGUGACCUUUCUCGACCAGUAUGGGAAGUGGCUCGAAUUCCAGUCCAAUAUUGAUAUUCUGCGAGACCCUCCACCCGCGUAUCCAGUGCCUGGCAUCGAUCUCAAAGCCGGAUUGGACGAUAUCAAGAAGAAGGCAGUGGAAAAUGUCUACCGGAGCCAGUUUGAUUUCGACUCAGACGUUGUGAAGUUAAUCCUAGCCGCACGCGAUGAGCAUCUUUCUGUCGAAAUGUGCUCGAUCAAUGUUGUCCAGUUCACCAACGACUAUCCUCUUGUGUCCAUAUCGAAGAACGGGAUCGAUCUCCCGGAAGUAUACACACAUCAUGACAGCGAGCUACAACAGAACGGCGUUGAGCAUGUCUCUCCAGUUACGUCCAUCGAUGGAGUGGACGUGAGCGAGUAUCUAGCAAAACUCUCUCAAGUCGUCCAUUACAAUGGCUACAACGCACACGAUCCGGACGCUCUAUACAACAAUCUUUUCCCGUCAAAUGCACACACACUGGGCGCCAGGUCCAAUGGUACCGGAGGCUGGGCACAGAAUCGACUGUGGCCAGGUCCAUCUCAUACGUUGAAGCUUAAGAACGGCACGGUAAUUACGGUGGAGACACAGGCUGAACUGUUGACACCGCUCACCCACUUCCCCUGGCGAGACGGCCCUUCCUUGUACGAUAAGCUCUGCGUGGAUGGCAACAACGCCACAAAGAACUUUACCACAACACCUGAGUCGAUUGGAUCAGCCAAAAAGAUGCCACUAGAGGGAUAUCCAGAGCCUUUCACUCGUUCCGAAGGAGAUGAAAUUACCGGGUACCUUCCUGACCACCCGGCACUCAAGGACGUCGCCGUACUGUCGGUCCCAACGUUCGGGACAAUCUACGCAAAAAGUUUUUCACGGGCAGCUAAAGACCUUAUUAAAAAUGCGACGGCACAAGGUAGAAGCAAAAUGAUUAUUGACAUCUCUAGCAACAGCGGUGGGGCCAUCACUUCUUCGCUUGAUCUUUUCAAGAUGUUCUUCCCGGAAAAGCUGCCUUACACCGCUAGUCGAUACCGUGCGCACCAUGGCCUCAACCUUCUCGGAAAGAUAUCCUUGAACGGGGAUUCGGACGACGGAAUUAUUGAGAGAGACCUUCAAUAUAUAAACAGGGCUGGAGAAGCUGUAACGCCGGAUCUGGAACAUAACAUCACGUCAUGGCAAAGGCUCUACGGGCCGCACAAGACGGUUGGGAUGAAUUCAACGACGCUGAUAUCUACGACCAAUACGAAGCUGCUUUCGACAGAGCGGUCACCCAUUAGCGGAUAUGGACCAAUUCCCUUAGAUCCGAAAACCGCUCCGUUCAAGGCCGAAGACAUCGUUCUUGUCUCCGACGGCAUGUGCGGUUCGGCCUGCGCCAUGUUCGCCGAGCUCAUGCUCGAACAAAACGUCAAGAGUAUUGCCUUUGGCGGCCGGCCCCAGAAGGCCGAAAUGCAAACCAUCGGUGCCGUGAGGGGUGGCAUUGGUUCCAGUCUUACAGGUCUGUCGCGCCUGGUCACUCGGUCUUAUGAAAAGGCCGUCGGCUCCUCUGGCACGGACUCGCCCCUGUUGACUAAGGACGAACUGCAAUCCUGGAAUGAGACGCUUCCGAACAUACCAUUUCCCCAGCUCGGCGUGGCGUGGGAGGCUUCUGUCAACCUCCAGAACGCAUUCUCGCCGGAUGAUGACCAGUUGCCGAUGCAAUUCACCUACGAGCCUGCGGGAUGCCGGAGGUUCUAUACAGCGGAAAAUAUCUUAUCGCAGGAGAGUGUCUGGGUCGAUGCUUCCAAAGCGGUGUUUGGGAACGAGGGUUGUGUCCACUGA